GUAAGAUGUCUCCUGAAAUAAUCAAGUGCAUUUAAGAAAAUCAUACUUUUGUUGGCAAAAUAAAAAGUGCAAUUUAGAAUUUUGACGUGAACUUCUAUAUAUCUACCUAAAUAUAAAAAGUGUUUCGUUAAUUAUAGUAAGUUAAUAAAAAUACCCUGAAAUCGGUUUCUAUAGCAUAUCAAUGUAUCUAAAAUAUUAACAGCGAAACAAAAAAGAAUCUCAGAACUUAAUCGGAUGACCAUACUCUACAUUGUGUGCACUCGUAUCUAUCAGUGAUCAGUCCAAAUGCCCUAAGAAAUACGCCGCCAUAAUAGCCAUGUAAUUACAUGUAUACAGGGUGAUUCAUAUAAAAAGUAACAAGAUAAAAAAAUCUUGUACUUUAGGCAGUUGGUUACACAUAUAAGGAACAAGAACAAGUUGCGUUGAUCGUCAUCGUCACUGCCACAACCGCUUCUACCACCUCGCUUCUCUUCGACCGUCACUCGUCACCAGCCGCCGUGAAUAAUAAUUUACACCAAUUUGAAUAUUUGCUAAGUUUAUUGACACCCAAAUGGCCUUGAAAUUGAUUCGUUUAUUGAUUAUGAUGAUUGUUAUGGUACCUGAUUUUAUAGUGCAGUUUGCCGUGGGAGCUAAAAAACCACCGAAUAUUGUUAUAUUAAUGGCUGAUGAUAUGGGUUUUGACGAUGUGAGUUUUCGUGGUUCGAAUGAAUUCUUGACCCCAAAUAUUGAUGCAUUAGCUUUUAAUGGGGUUAUAUUAAAUAACUAUUAUGUUCCGGCUAUGUGUACACCAUCGAGGGCUUCACUAUUAACUGGCAAGAAUCCUAUCAAUAUUGGUAUGCAACACUACGUUAUACCCAAUGACCAACCAUGGGGACUUCCCUUGACCGAAAAGACAAUGGCACAGUAUUUUAAAGAAGCUGGUUAUUUUACAAGUUUAAUUGGAAAAUGGCAUUUGGGGUUUUCAAAGAAAUCAUAUACACCCCUCUAUCGAGGCUUCGAUCAUCAUUUUGGAUAUUAUGGGGGUUAUGUUGAUUACUACGAUCAGACAACAUAUUCAACAAGUUCACAUUAUUCAAGAGGUCAUGAUUUUCGGAAUAAUCUUAACGUGACAAGAUCUAAUCAAGGAACAUAUGUCACGGAUAGCCUCACCGAAGAAGCAGAGCGCCUCAUAAGAAAUCAUAAUACCGAAAUUCCCCUAUUGAUGAUUGUAAGCCAACUAGCGCCUCAUAGUGGAAAUCCUGAUGAACCAUUUCAAGCGCCAUCUGACGAAAUCAAGAAAUUUCAUUACAUACCAAACGUGAACAGGAGCAUUUAUGCAGCUAUGGUAUCGAAGUUGGAUCAAAGUGUGGGGAAAGUUGUUCAAGCUCUCGACACAAAAGGCAUCCUUACCAACACAAUUUUACUAUUUUACUCGGACAAUGGUGCUCCUACUUUGGGACUUCAUUCAAAUGAAGGUUCAAACUAUCCAUUCCGAGGGCAAAAGAACUCUCCAUGGGAAGGUGGGAUACGAUCUUCUGCGGCCAUUUGGAGUCCACUCAUUCGAAAUGGCGGGAGAAUUUGGAAUCAAACCAUGCAUGUUAGUGAUUGGCUACCCACACUUGCCAGUGCAGCGGGUAUACAACUUAGUGACGAUUUACACUUGGAUGGCUUAAACUUGUGGACCAAUUUAACUAAGGGCGAGGAUCCAGUUCUACGGCAGAUCGUCCAGAACAUUGAUGAUAUCUUUCAAUAUGUUUCAUAUACCAGAGGCAAAUGGAAAUACAUUAAUGGUACAACUCAGAGGGGUAACUACGAUGGAUGGUUAAGUGAUCGUGAAAAAGUUCAUAUCGAUCCAAGAUCCCAUCGAUAUGAGGAAGAAGUGAAAAAUUCGAUCACAUGGAAGACAUUAGUUCAGUUUAUGCAAACAGAUGAAAUUGAUGAUACGAAUAUUGUGGAACUUCGUCAGAAAGCUUCUAUAAAUUGUUCUCACGAUAAGGAAAUAUCAAGAUGUGAACCAUUGCUGGAUGAAUGUAUAUUUAAUUUAGUUGAAGAUCCAUGUGAACAAAAUAAUCUUAUAGGACGGAUGAGAAAUUCAAGGCUGUUACAGAAAAUACGAAGAGAAGUUGAAGAGUAUCGUAGUAAAGCUGUGGCACCGGUUGGCAAACCCUCAGAUCCAAGAUGCGAUCCAAAGUAUUAUGAUAACGAAUGGACUUGGUGGGAGGACAUAUACUCUAGAAGUUGAGAGAAUGAUUUUUAUUUUCUUCAAUUUAUAAAAUAAACAAAUUGAUAAAUAUGA